AUUGGAAUUCCACUUGCGAGUAAUAGUGCGUAAUCGAUGAACAGAAAUUAGCAAAAGGCAUAACCUUCAUUUAUAUAUCAUUUAUUUCAUUUAUAUAUCUGAUGCCAACAUUUAGAUUGCUCAUGGUGCAGACUGCAGUCACAUCGAUCAAUUUUAAAAAGGCGUUUGACGUCACAUGCUAGUGAUGACCACUGUCGAGGUGUCAGUAAUCCAUAAAGAGGUCCUGCGAGCGUGUAGGAACAUGAUCAUAGAAGGAUUAGCUAUCGAAAUGGGGCACAUACUUCAGCGAUGUAUAGAUUACGAAGUCAUCACAAAACAACAAUCAGAGAGGAAAAUUGUCACAAAGGAAACUGCAGAAGAUCAAUGUGGUGAGCUGAUCGAUAUAAUAGGGGAGAAUGGACGUACGGGUUUUGACAAGUUUGUGGACGUACUUAAAAUCAAUCAUGGACACAUUGCUGAGUUCCUUGAACAGUCACUUGUAACACACUGUGAAAAUGUAUCGAAAGUUGCCCAAACGGUGAUGAAUCGAAAGAAACGACGAUUGAACGGGCGCGUCGUUGAUGGUCCACAGGAAACUAGGGAUCCAGAACCCGAAAACGUUCCUGAAAAACAGGCGAAAACUAAUCAAGCAGAAUGUGCCAAUAACCUGGAGCAAUGCAGAAAUGUCCAAAUUGGAUCCGAUAACAAAAUAGUCUACAGCCCAAAUGUGUCCCUGAUAAACAUCAGAGAUUUAAGAGGUCCAGUGAAUAUGCACAUUAAACUGCGAGUUGGGGAUAACCCUCCAAUUGAGGCUGAAGUAAAUGUGCAACCCGUUGAGAAAGAGGCCAUCGACGUAAUUGAAUCCUCGAGAGAGAACAAGAAGCGCUUGGAAGAAGUUCUGAGUGGUUGUGGAAUGGCAUUAUUUAAUGUCAAACAAGGUUCAAUCGUUCUUCAGUUGGAUGUAACUGACAAAGAGAAAGCCAAAAACCUGAUCAAGGAUUUCCACAGUGGGGAAUUAACAAAGACCCUGGUGGAUGCACUCCUCACUGAUGAAAUGAAGGAAAAAUAUCGUGGAAAGGAGAUUGAUGUUAAGUUAACGAUAGAUGCUAGUCUUAUACAAGCGCUUAAAGAUGCCGGUGUAGAUGUAACACCGCCAGAUUCGAAUGAAAACGAUGACCAGGGAGCUAGUAGUCGGUUAAAUACAGCUGAAAUGAUCGAUGUUAAUGGACAUGGUGUGGAUCCUAUUAACAUCAAAAUGGCAGAAGACGACCUUAAUGAUACAGGAAUGGACUUUGAGUUAGGUGGUGUUAAUGUGAAGCCAUCUGGCUCAGGUUUUGAAAACAGUGUAUAUGAUUCUUUGUCUAAAAAUGUUGUUCUUCCUACAGCUUCUGAAUUUUUAGCAUUGCAGAAACAAACGCAUGUCGAAAAUGAUGAGGACAUGGAUAUGUUUUAUGAUGCUGUUACAAAACAAGAAACAAAAGAGGCAAAGGAGAAUAUGACAGAUAAAUUUGAGUCAAUGGAAGUUAGUCAAAUGGAAACACAAGGUAGUGGAGUGACGGCAAGUACAGAUCCUGGCAAACCAGAAGUGUGGAAGGUCUCUCCAAUCCGAGUAGGUCUAAAAUGGGCAGCACCGGAAAUACGUUCAUCUUUUAAAGUCUGCUCGUACACACUCAGAUGGAAAGAUUCAAAUUCAGCCUUCUGGCAGACAAUGUCUAUUCCUGCCUCUGAAGAUGAUUCAACGUCGCACGAAGAGACAGCAUUGGCAGUGCCUCCAAAUAAUACCUACAUAUUUGCCGUUAUAGCACAUUAUGAGGGUGAUACAACGGGAGAUUUCAGCAAGGCGAGUGAUCCAAUAACGAUUAGCGCAACAGCAGAUGAAAUCGUAAAAGCCAGAGUUCUUGAAACAUCUACAUCCGAGUGUCUAGGAAACCAAAUAGUUCACCAGAUCAAGAUUGAGUCAACCUUUGAGAGUGAUGAUGGGAUGAUAAAAAAGUACCAGUAUGGUGCACCUAAUCUUGUAUCGGAGUCCGUGUCGGAAAAAGUUAUUAUGAUUGUAGGCGCUACAGGAGCUGGUAAAAGCACUCUCAUUAAUGGAAUGAUCAACUACUUGUUUGGCAUCAAAUGGGAAGACACAGAAAGGCUAAAACUUAUACCUGAAAAACUCGGUUGCGAUCAAUCGGAGAGUCAAACAAAGUCAAUAACCUCAUAUACGGUCUAUCACCAAAAGGGGCUAAAGGUUCCUUACACUGUCACAAUUAUUGACACGCCAGGAUUUGGUGAUACGAAGGGGUACAGCAGAGACGAACAGAUUACACGACAGAUACGGGAAUUUUUCACUUCGAUUGAUGCCGAUGGCCUGGAUCACAUAGAAGCUGUUGGUUUCGUCACCCAGUCGUCAUUACCCAGAUUAACUCCGACCCAAAUAUACAUUUUUGACAAGAUACUUUCCUUGUUCGGAAAGGAUAUCAAAGAUAACAUCUUAAUGCUGCUUACAUUUGCAGAUGGUCAGAAACCACAAGUUCUUAGCGGAAUAGAAAAGGCUGGGUUUGAAUAUUCAGCCUACUUGAAGUUCAACAAUUCAGCUGUUUUUGCAGAGAAAGGAAAUGAUGCCGAGAAUGAAGCUUUCAACAAGAUGUUUUGGGAAAUGGGAGAAAAGAGUUUCAAAUCAUUCUUUGAUACUCUUGGAAGCCUAGACUCGAAGAGUCUGACACUGACAAAGGCGGUUCUGACAGAGAGACACCAAUUGGAGCUUCUUCUAUUAAAAAUGUGCGAAGAUAUCAAGCUAGGUUUGAACAAGCUAGAAAACUUGACGAACGAACUGAAGGUUGUGGCUAUAUACGAAGCUGAGAUAGCUGCCAACAAGGAAUUUCGCUAUACAGUAAUGGAAGAGAAGAUUGUCAAGAAAGAUGCAGAACCAGGGAAAUUCACAACCAACUGUUUGACGUGCAAUAGAACCUGCCAUGUUGUUUGCACGAAAGCGGAUGACGAAAUGAAAUGGAAGUGUACAGUAAUGGAUCGGGAAACGGGUAAUUGUACGGUUUGCCCCCAGCAUUGUCAUUGGAAGAGUCACAGAAACAUGCCGUUCAUUAUGACGAUCCAACGUAAGAAGGUGACAAAAACAUCAAAGGAGUUAAAGGAACGCUACCAAAAGGGUGUGCAUGAUAAGCUGACGGUUGAUAAAUUGAUCAAAAGUCUACAAGAUGACUUCAAUGAACAUCAACUCAACACACUGUUACUAACCGACGAAAUGAGACGUGCAACCGAGUACAUCAAUAAAAUUGCACUUAAACCUAACCCACUUUCAACACUAGACUACAUCGACCUGAUGAUUGAGGCGGAGAAGGCCGAAUGCAAACCAGGAUACAUGGAACGCAUCCAAGAGUUGAAUAAGCUAAGGGAAAGAGUUGAGGUAUUUGUGAAAACAGUUCAUAAUCGCGAGGAUCCAUUUUCCGACUACAUUGACCGAGUUAUCGAUUCAGAAAAGAAAGAGCAAAAAUCUGGAUUCAGCGAAAGGAUUCUAACUUUGGAGAAACUCAAAGAAACAGCAAAAUUCGCGAUCGAAACAACAGCAGAGGAAAUAGAAAAUAUCGAUGAGGAGUACCCUUUAUGCAUAAUGGGACAAGGUGAAAAUGUUUUGUCAAAGCUAAAACCAUCGAAAUUGAUAAAUGUAAUAAAGGGGUUACGAAGAAAACCUAAAGGUUCAAAAAAGAAACAAGGCCGGAAAGGGACUGCCGUGUGA